CCUCUCCAGCUGACAGGGUUAAAGUCCCUCCCCUGCAGCACUGUGUUCCUGACUGGUUGAUCAGCAACAGCUCAAUUCGUUACAGGGUGUACUGCAUUUGACCACAGCUGUCCAGGAGUUGAAAUCAGCCUGCAGGAGAAGCAAUGGUUCGACGUGUGGCAGUGGUUGGAGCCGGCACUUCUGGUCUGGUCUGUAUCAAGACCUGUGUCGAUGAGGGCCUGGAGCCUGUCUGCUUUGAAAGCAGUGAUGACAUUGGCGGCCUGUGGAAUUAUAAGGAGGCACUUGAGCCAGAGCGAGCCAGCAUCUAUCGCUCCUUGGUGGUCAACACCUCCAAAGAGAUGAUGUGUUUCAGUGAUUUCCCCAUGCCUGCAGACUACCCAAACUACAUGCACAACUCGCAGCUGCUGCGGUACUUCAGGCUCUAUGCUGACCACUUUGACCUGCUCAGACAUAUUCAUUUCCAGACAAAGGUAAAGAGUGUCACACAAAGGCCGGAUUUCUCUCAGUCCGGUCAGUGGGACAUAGUGACCAUUAACAGAGAUGGAGAGGAGGAGAGACACGUCUUUGAUGCAGUUCUGGUGUGUGCAGGCCACUACACCCAUCCAGACCUACCCCUGUCAGAAUUUACAGGACAUGAGACGUUUUCUGGCAGGUGUUUUCACAGCUGGGAAUAUAAAGAUGCAGAUGCCUGCAGAGGAAAGAGGGUGGUAGUGGUUGGCAUUGGCAAUUCUGGAGGAGAUAUUGCAGUGGAGAUCAGCAGAUCUGCAGAGAAGACAUUCCUCAGCACACGUCAGGGGGCCUGGGUGAUCGGCAGAAUGUCCAAUAAUGGUCUUCCCCUAGACAUGAUACAUAUCACCAGGCUCAACAACCUCUUCACAUGGCUUCUUCCCAAGUCUCUGCUCAGCUGGUCAACAGAGAGAGAACUGAACUACAGAUAUGACCAUAAACUGUACGGCCUGAAGCCGAGAUACAGAGUUUUGGAGAAAAAGAUUUUGAUCAAUGAUGACCUUCCUGGUCGAAUCCUUCAGGGGGCGCUAAUAAUGAAACCCAAUCUGAAAGGAUUCAAGAGCUCUGGAGUUGUAUUUGAAGAUGGCACCGUGGAGGAGAACAUUGACGCUGUGGUCUUCUGUACAGGUUAUAAUGGAAGCUUCCCAUUCCUGCCAGCCGCUUUAAUUAAGGGGCCUCAGGGAGAGUUCAGAUUGUACAAGAGACUGUUUCCUCCUUCUCUUUCCCAACCCACACUGGCUGUCAUGGGUCUUAUUCAGACAAAAGGACCAAUCAUGCCCACUGUGGAACUGCAGGCACGGUGGGCUGUUAAAGUCUUUACUGGUUUGAGCCGUCUUCCACCUAAAGAGAAAAUGCUGGAAGUCAUUGACUCUGAGAGGAUGAGAUACAUGAAAAUCUUCCACUGCCCGCGACAGGCGGCUCUCCAGGUAGAUUACAUCCCUUACCUGGAUUUCAUGGCUGGGGAGAUCGGGGUUCGACCAAACUUCCUGAGACUACUACUGACUGAUCCUGUGCUCUGGACGAAGGUCUUCUGUGGCCCCUGCACUCCGUAUCAGUAUCGUCUCACUGGGCCUGGACAAUGGGCCGGAGCCCGUCAGGCUAUCCUCAGUCAGUGGGAGCGGGUGGCCCAGCCGUUCAGGACCAGAGUGGUACCAGAACCAGAGAGCAGGCCGUCUGUCCUCUUUUCUCCCUGGCUGCUCACAUUUGGAGGAGCUCUGACAUUGGCUGUCCUUCUGUCUAAACGUGAGAUGUUUCCAGUGCUGCAGGGUGCAGCUCAGAUUCUGGACAGGUGCAAGACUUUCUUGAGGGACUCCUGGUUCACUGGUUACACACAAUAACAUGAUAAAAUCCAGGUCCAGUCUGUGACACAGGAUCGAAAUCCUUUAUGGUGCAGUAUGAUGUAAAAUGUAAGAGACACUGAUUAUAGAUCCAGCUUUUAAUAUCCGUAAUGAUCUAAGAGAGUACACAGACGUAAUGUAAUCUAGUGUUUUUACUUUGUGUGGGGCGUGCAGAGAGAGCCAGCCUCACACUUUUAAUUUGGUGAACAAAUAUUGUACAUAUAAUAAUAUGGGGUUAUAAAAUUGUGAAAGUAGUUUGCACUCUUCUGACAGAUGUGUCAGUUUUAAAGUAACCUGCACACGACCAUCCUGACACAAGAAGAAUAUCUAAAAAGAGAAAAAAAUGAAGCCUUAUGAUGCAGGAAAAACAUUUAAUUGCAGUGUCCAAGAACAAGUUAUGAACACUCACGUGGAUCAGACGAAACAUGGGAGUUCUCAUGAAAGCUAAUUAAAAGAAAUAAAACCUGUGUUUUAUUAUCAUUA